AUGGCUUUGAAGCCUGAAAAACCAGUAUGGAUGUCCCAGGCGGAUUAUGAUAGACAGUAUGGUCAUUUGGAUGACGCUAAGGCCUCAGAAGAACCGGCUAUUCCCUCUCAAGUGGAGUCACCUUCAAAAACACCAGGUACAUCUGUGGAUAAUCCGUUAACUAGCAAUUCAAUGGAGGGUACACCUGAAGGAGAUGAGAAGCCUACUUUUAAAAUUCAGAAACGAAGACACGGGAGAUUUGAUCAAGAGGAGAGACGAAAGAAAUUGGAAACUCAGAAAUUAAGAGAAGAACAAUUUAAACAACAUGAGAUUGAAAUGACGGCGAACAAGACUAUUAAUGUGGAUCAAAUUGUUAGGGAACAUUAUAAUGAGAGAACUUUUAUUGCUAAUCGAUCUAGAAGGGCGUUGUCACCCAUUAUUAAAUUAAGGAACUUCAAUAAUGCCAUCAAGUAUAUGCUUAUUGACAAGUAUACUAAACCUGGAGAUGUCGUCGUCGAACUAGGAUGUGGGAAAGGUGGUGACCUUAGAAAGUAUGGGAAUGCGAAUAUAUCACAAUUUAUUGGAAUUGAUAUUUCUAAUGCUUCAAUUCAGGAAGCUCAUAAGAGAUAUAGAUCAAUGAGAAAUUUGGCAUUCCAGGUAAUAUUGAUCACAGGAGAUUGUUUCGGUGAGUCAUUGGGUGUAGCAGUAGAGCCAUUUCCUGAAUGUCGAUUCCCUUGUGACGUUGUCUCUACCCAGUUUUGUUUACAUUAUGCUUUUGAAAGUGAAGAAAAGGCAAGAAGGACAUUAAUGAACGUUUCCAAAUCUCUAAAGAUUGGUGGCCAUUUUUUUGGAACCAUACCAGACUCAGAAUUUAUCCGUUAUAAACUUAACAAAAUUGGCAAAGAUGUGGAGAAACCAUCAUGGGGGAACUCUAUCUACAAAGUUACCUUUGAAAACAACGCAUAUCAACAGAAUGAUAAUGAAUUUCCAUCGCCUUAUGGUCAGAUGUAUACAUACUGGUUAGAGGAUGCUAUAGACAAUGUCCCUGAAUACGUGGUUCCAUUUGAAACUUUAAGAAGUUUGGCAGAUGAAUACGGUAUGGAAUUGGAAGUACAAAUGCCCUUUAACAAAUUCUUUGUUCAAGAAAUUCCCAAAUGGAUCGACAAGUUUUCUCCUAGAAUGAGAGAAGGGUUACAAAGGUCCGAUGGUAGGUAUGGUGUAGAAGGAGACGAGAAGGAAGCAGCAUCUUACUUUUAUACAAUGUUCGUCUUCCGAAAAGUCAAAGAUUUUGUUGAACCAACGUAA